AAGGCAAUAACUCAGGUUCACUAGAACAUAUCAGCAAAAACAACCCUAGCUGGGAUGAACAAAUAGAUCAAGAAACUAAGAAACUCAAGGAAAUAACAAAUACACAGAAAGAAGAACUUAAAGAAAAUAGAACAUACAUAACAAAAGAGAAAAUCUCAUCAGUAGAAAGAAAUGACAACAUAGAAACACUUUUAGAACAAAACAACAAUACUUCUACAUACAAUGAAGAGGUUAUUGAAGUCGAUACAAGUAAUAAAGAUGUCUUUGAAACUAGUAUACAUAAUGAAGAUAACAUUCAAACAACAACACAUGACAAUAAGGUCUCUGAGACUAGUACAAGUAACAAAAACAACAUGGAAACAAUAACUCAAAAUGAACCAAGGAAUGAACAAGGGGACUCCACUUUGGAAAGAAACACAACUUAUGAUGUGUCUAUUAUAAAUGGUGUGGGCUUACAAGGAAAUGAUAUAACACAAGAUGAACAAAAGGGGCCUUUGUCACCUUCAAUAGAAAUAGACAACGAUAAAAGAUACUCUAUACCAAAAAACAAAAACACAGAAGUAACAUUACCUAUAAUGGAAGUUGACAAUGAGGAGACCCCUAUGCCAUCUCGUAAAAAAGACAAAGAUAAAAAAGAAAAGAGCUUACAGGAUAAGAACCAAUUAAGGCCUAGCCCUUACAGAAAACAACAUAAUGAGGGACUACCCUCACAGACCUAA